CGGUGAGCACACAAAAGAGAGACGGGUGACACGGAUCCAGCCCCUCCAGCUUCAUCCCCACCUUAAAGCUGUUCCGGCUUUGAGGAACCGACUGAUACUGCGGGACGAACGCGCACGAUUGGUCGAGGUGGCGGUAGAUGACCGUAGAAGAGAGCGGAUGACGGGAGGAUCAGGGUGAUGAGGUGGGGGCGGUGUAUUUGGACUGCAAUCCCCGCAGCCAUCCUCACCUCACGGCUCACGCAUUAUCGUGCUGACGCGAAGACACCAUGAAAUGGCAUUCAAAAGCAAAGCGGUCGACACGAAGACCGUAUUCCUCAACCUGCUGCUCUGCCUGCUCAUCUUCUACUCUCUGUUUUACAUGAUCUGCAGUAUUUGUUUCGGUGCCUUCAGGUUGGAUGACUUCGAUGGACGGAUCCCUUUCGACUUCAAGACCAAGCCGGAGGAUUCUGUCUCGAAAUACUUGGUCAACCUGUUGUCCUUGGAGCUCACUUACUUCAGCAGUGGCUUGCUGUUUGCCGCUGUGGUGAAGAGGAGAGUGUGGGACUACGCUCUAACGGUCACUUGUCUGCACAUCUUCAUCACCAGCCUUGUGAUGCUGGAGUUUCCCCUGGCAUGGCAGUGGUGGUUGGCCUUAGGUAGCGGCUUGUUUCUGAUGAUCUGCAAUGGUCAGCUGAUUGCUUACUUUGCAUGCCAGGAUGAAAAAAGCUAUGUUACCUUCACCGUCUAUUAAAUGUCCGAAAGGUACGUUUUGUUCA